AUGAGCAGCUCGACCAGCGCUGCCGCAGGAGCGGGCAGCGAGGAGUGUUUGGACUGUGCACCCACAUCCACCACCACUGCAUCCGACCAGCCUAUCGUCUCUUCGGUGGAAGACCCACUGGACGUACGAACCUUUAUCCCGCCUCUCACCCUCUCGCCUCUGCACCUCCCGACGCCACUAGUCACCAUUGAAUUCGGCCUGCGCGCCAACUGGAUGCAGCAAGAGCUGCUAUCCACCUUUGCGCCCAGCUCGGACUCGGCGGGGAUUGGAGGUGUACUGCUCGUUCCCAACGCACGCACCGAGGCAGCCGGCCGCUUCCGGGUCUACCUCAUCAACGACGCCGCGCAGACGCUGAUUGUCGAUAGGAAGGUCAACGGCGGAUUUCCGGAUGUCAAGAUGGUCAAGCAGAAGAUCAGGGAUGCCAUUAGUCCGAGCCGGGAUCUGGGGCAUUCCGACAAGCCCAAGCAAUGA